CCGAGGCUGAGGCGGCCGCGGCGAGAGGGCUGAGGCGGGCGGGACCCGACGGCCGCCAACAUGGCGAGCGCCUCCUACCACAUCUCCAACCUGCUGGAGAAGAUGACGUCCAGCGACAAGGACUUCAGGUUUAUGGCUACCAAUGAUUUGAUGACAGAGCUACAGAAAGAUUCCAUCAAGUUGGAUGAUGACAGCGAGAGGAAAGUAGUGAAGAUGAUUUUGAAAUUACUGGAAGACAAGAAUGGUGAGGUGCAAAAUUUGGCUGUCAAAUGCCUUGGCCCCUUGGUGAGUAAAGUGAAAGAGUACCAAGUGGAGACCAUAGUAGAUACCCUCUGCACGAACAUGCUGUCUGACAAAGAGCAACUGCGAGACAUUUCAAGUAUUGGCCUUAAAACUGUAAUUGGAGAACUCCCCCCAGCUUCCAGUGGAUCUGCCUUAGCAGCUAACGUAUGUAAAAAGAUUACAGGGCGCCUUACAAGCGCCAUAGCCAAGCAAGAGGAUGUCUCCGUCCAGCUAGAAGCCUUGGAUAUCAUGGCUGAUAUGUUGAGCAGGCAAGGAGGACUGCUUGUGAAUUUCCACCCUUCAAUUCUGACCUGCCUACUCCCCCAGUUAACCAGUCCCAGGCUUGCAGUGAGGAAAAGAACCAUCAUUGCUCUUGGCCACCUGGUAAUGAGCUGCGGCAAUAUAGUUUUUGUAGAUCUCAUUGAGCAUCUGUUGACAGAACUGUCCAAAAACGAUUCCAUGUCAACGACAAGAACCUACAUACAAUGUAUUGCUGCGAUCAGUAGGCAAGCUGGUCAUAGAAUCGGUGAAUACCUUGAAAAAAUUAUUCCUUUGGUCGUAAAAUUUUGUAAUGUAGAUGACGAUGAAUUGAGAGAAUACUGCAUUCAGGCUUUCGAGUCCUUUGUCAGGAGAUGUCCAAAGGAAGUGUAUCCUCAUGUGUCUACCAUUAUAAACAUUUGUCUUAAAUACCUUACCUAUGAUCCCAAUUAUAAUUACGAUGAUGAAGAUGAAGACGAAAAUGCGAUGGAUGCUGACGGUGGUGAUGACGACGAUCAAGGGAGCGAUGACGAAUACAGCGACGAUGAUGACAUGAGUUGGAAAGUAAGGCGCGCGGCUGCCAAGUGCCUGGACGCCGUGGUCAGCACGCGCCACGAGAUGCUUCCGGAAUUUUACAAGACGGUGUCCCCCGCCUUGAUAGCCAGGUUUAAAGAGCGGGAGGAGAAUGUGAAAGCAGAUGUUUUCCACGCCUAUCUCUCCCUUCUGAAGCAGACCCGCCCCGUUCAGAGCUGGCUUUGCGAUCCCGACGCCAUGGAGCAGGGAGAAACCCCCUUGACGAUGCUUCAGAGUCAGGUGCCCAACAUUGUUAAAGCGCUGCAUAAACAGAUGAAGGAGAAAAGUGUGAAGACACGGCAGUGUUGUUUUAACAUGUUGACUGAACUGGUGAACGUGUUACCCGGGGCCCUAACCCAGCAUGUUCCAGUACUCGUGCCAGGCGUCAUUUUCUCGUUGAACGACAAAUCGAGCUCCUCGAACCUGAAGAUCGACGCGCUGUCUUGCCUGUACGUGAUCCUGUGCAACCACUGCCCUCAAGUCUUCCACCCUCACGUGCAGGCGUUGGUCCCCCCGGUCGUGGCUUGCGUGGGCGACCCUUUCUACAAGAUCACGUCCGAGGCCCUCCUGGUCACCCAGCAGCUGGUCAAGGUCAUCCGGCCCCUGGAGCAGGCCGCUCCGUUCGACGCCACCCCUUACAUCAAGGACCUGUUCGCCUGCACCAUCAAGAGGCUGAAGGCGGCCGACAUCGAUCAGGAAGUGAAAGAGCGGGCCAUCUCCUGCAUGGGCCAGAUCAUCUGCACCUUGGGGGAUAACCUCGGCAGCGACCUGCCCAGUACGCUGCAGAUCUUCCUGGAGCGGCUGAAGAACGAGAUCACCCGGCUGACGACGGUGAAGGCCCUGACCCUGAUCGCCGGGUCCCCUCUGAAGAUCGACCUGAGGCCCGUCCUGGGGGAAGGGGUCCCCAUCCUGGCCUCCUUCCUCCGGAAGAACCAGCGGGCCCUGAAACUGGGCACCCUCUCGGCCCUGGACAUCCUCAUCAAGAACUACAGCGACAGCCUGACGGCCGCCAUGAUCGACGCGGUCCUGGACGAGCUUCCGCCCCUCAUCAGCGAGAGCGACAUGCACGUGUCCCAGAUGGCCAUCAGCUUCCUCACCACCCUCGCCAAGGUGUACCCCUCCUCCCUGUCGAAGAUCAGCGGGUCCAUCCUGGACGAGCUCAUCGGGCUCGUGAGGUCCCCUCUGCUGCAGGGAGGAGCGCUCAGUGCCAUGCUGGAGUUCUUCCAGGCUCUGGUGGUGACGGGCACGAGUAACCUCGGCUACAUGGACCUGUUGCGGAUGCUGACGGGCCCCGUCUACUCGCAGAGCACGGCGCUGACUCACAAGCAGUCUUACUAUUCCAUCGCCAAAUGCGUGGCCGCCCUGACCCGGGCCUGCCCCAAGGAGGGGCCGGCCGUGGUGGGCCAGUUCAUCCAAGACGUCAAGAACUCCAGGUCCACCGACUCGAUCCGCCUCCUGGCCCUGCUUUCUCUCGGGGAGGUCGGCCAUCACAUCGACCUGAGCGGGCAGCUCGAACUCAAAUCCGUCAUCUUGGAAGCCUUCUCCUCUCCGAGCGAGGAAGUCAAGUCGGCGGCCUCCUACGCUCUGGGCAGCAUCAGCGUGGGCAACCUUCCCGAGUACCUCCCCUUCGUCCUCCAGGAGAUCACCAGUCAGCCCAAGAGGCAGUAUCUUCUGCUUCACUCCUUAAAGGAAAUCAUCAGCUCUGCUUCCGUGGUGGGUCUCAAGCCAUACGUGGAGAACAUCUGGGCCUUACUGCUGAAACACUGUGAAUGCGCCGAAGAAGGAACCAGGAACGUGGUGGCGGAAUGCCUGGGCAAGCUGACUUUAAUCGACCCAGAAACUCUGCUCCCCCGGCUCAAGGGAUACUUGGCGUCAGGGUCAUCGUAUGCCAGAAGUUCAGUGGUUACUGCUGUGAAGUUUACUAUUUCUGAUCAUCCGCAGCCCAUAGAUCCACUCUUAAAGAACUGCAUAGGUGACUUCCUAAAAACCCUGGAAGACCCAGAUUUGAAUGUGAGAAGAGUAGCCCUGGUAACGUUUAAUUCAGCAGCCCACAAUAAGCCAUCCCUAAUAAGAGAUCUUUUAGAUACCGUUCUUCCUCACCUUUACAACGAAACAAAAGUUAGGAAAGAGCUUAUAAGAGAGGUGGAAAUGGGACCAUUUAAGCAUACGGUUGAUGAUGGCCUGGAUAUCAGAAAGGCAGCUUUUGAGUGCAUGUACACCCUCCUAGACAGUUGUCUCGAUAGACUAGAUAUCUUUGAAUUCUUGAACCACGUUGAAGACGGUUUAAAGGAUCAUUAUGACAUUAAGAUGCUUACAUUCUUAAUGUUGGUAAGACUCUCUACCCUUUGUCCGAGUGCCGUCCUGCAAAGGUUGGAUAGGCUGGUGGAACCCUUACGUGCAACUUGUACAACUAAGGUAAAGGCAAACUCGGUGAAGCAAGAAUUUGAAAAGCAAGAUGAACUAAAGCGGUCUGCCAUGAGGGCCGUGGCAGCGCUUCUAACCAUUCCAGAAGCCGAGAAGAGCCCGCUAAUGAGCGAAUUUCAGUCCCAGAUCAGCUCGAACCCCGAGCUGGCGGCCAUCUUCGAAAGUAUCCAGAAAGAUUCGUCGUCCACCAACUUGGAAUCGAUGGACACUAGUUAGAUGUUUGUUCAAGCAUGGGGACCGUUACACGAAAACCUACAAUGCACUGAAUCGACAGGUUAAUCAUAAGGAAUGGAAAGAGAGAAAUGUCUAGCGUUUCGAAAUGUUCCACUUUACUUCCUCACGGAAACAGUUUGGCUUUCUUCCAUUGUUGCUUUUUGUAGCAUUUAUUUCCAAAACGUUUUUCAUAAUCCAAAGGUUUGUAAAGCCACUGAUGUUUUCUUAGUGGUUUGGGUCACAUGUAGAAUGGAAAUAAAACAUUAGAAUUUAUGCUGUUUGGAAAUAGGUUCAAAAGUUCAUUUGCCCUGUAACGUUUAGGAUUAAAAUGUUAAACUUUUGUGACCAUCCAUUUUCUUUAUUUUUUAAUUCUUUCUCUCUUACUGUUAAAUGAAAGGAAAGAAAACCCAAGACAAAUACCAUGUUUUUGUAUAACUUUUAUUGUUUUUUGUUUCAGCUACAUAAAUUGAUUUUUGGCUGGCAGAUAUGAACUUCUGUGUAAGAUUUAUUAUACUGCAGAGGGGUUGGCAGUUUAAAAAAAGAUAUAAAUACCUUGUCAUUUUUUUAGUGUGGGGGAUUAGCAAUUUAUACCCCUAUUGUGCACACUGAUUUUUGCAUGAGCAAGUUUACAAAUCUAUAUUGUCUGUAAAGCAGCAUGUGCAGUUAAUUCAUAAUACAACAGUUAAAAUAAGUUUUCUUGUAGCAGUGCGAUUUUCAGAUAUUUCUCUUUGCAUAGGAAACACGUUUCUCCUGGGAGAGAGGAUUAAAUUUUAAACCUUUGGGUUUCCUAAACGCCCUAAUCAAAGAACUUGCAGAUAUUUUUUAGACAGAACAAGCCAUUAUUUCUUCAGCAAUGGUCUGCUGCUUUUCAUACUAAUUUCAGUCUUUUUCCGAGUUAGGUUUUUCUCAGUAGUCUAUUUUACUUGGAUGGCCUGUAUUAGAAAUUAGCUACCUCUUAUGGGGGUGGUGUCUCAAGUUUUUUAGAAACAAACUCCUUCGCAAAUAGAGUUCUCAUUUUUCCAGGAAAUGCGACCAGAAGGCAUUCAGGGUGGGUUAGCUAAAAGAUCGUUUGGUUCCUUUUGGUUAGGCUGGUUUCCCUUGCGGAGAAGCGUUUCUGUAUCAUCACUUAGUAAACAUUCAGUGCUUAUCCUGAACAAGGGACUUGUACUUUCUAGUAACUCAUACAGUAGCUGUUCAACUAUUUAAGAAAUACUUCGGAGGUGAUCAUUUGACUAGUCUCUUUAAAUCCGUGGUGCUUAUGUAAGCAAAACUGUCUUCUGAAAAUAAACAGCAUCUCCUGA